AUUGAUUGGAAUUAGAUUUUAUUUCAGAUAUUAAAUUAAAAAUGGUUUGAUGUGCAAUAUUUUAACAUUUCUAUGAAAAAUGGCUGACAGAUACGAACAGGAAGCUAGAUACCGAAGAACUCCUUUACAUAAUGAGGACUCCUCAGGUCGACAUAGAGACUCUAAACAUUAUCAAACCUCUGAUCACAGAGCUAAAUCUUACUCUAGACACAGAGAAGACUCUUCAGGUCGACAUAGAGGUUCUUCGCCUGGUAGAGAUUCAUACAGAGCAAGUUCAUCCAGGAGAGAGCCGAGUAGAUUACAAGAUGAUGGUCGACAUUGGUAUGCUGAACGUGGAGCUACGGAGAGAAGAACGUCUAAACGUUCUGCCUCCCCCUCGUGGAGAGACAGGGGUUCAAGACCCAGAAGACCGUCCCCUUAUAGUUCGUCCUCAGAAAGUCUUUCUCCGACACGCUCAAGAAGUUCCUGGAAAAGAUCAAGAAGUCGAUCCCCUCCAUCUUUUUCAGAGUCCAGAGUUGCGCCCACAAAACAUGAAAGGGUUGAGUAUUCUUCGGAUUUGAAGGCGGAACGCAUAUCUCCGUCAUAUUCUCCGCCGCGAUCCACUCUCAAGGCGGAACGAACAGACGGGGUGAUUGUCUUGUCUGAAGUCGAGAAAUCUAGAUCUCCGGGUCCUUCCUCGUCAAUUUGGUAUACAGAGGAGGACAACAAGGCUCUGGACAGCUUAUACUGUAAGAUCUGCGAGGUCAGGCUGCACGAUAGAGGAUCCAUGAAGUCUCAUAUUGAUGGGCGGCGCCAUCUUGCCAUGAAAUCCAAAAUUGCGGACAACUUACAACGACGGUUAACUGGUAGGUUUGACACCAUCAAGACGGACCCCUCCAACAACGUGACGUACGACGAGCAGUACUGGAUGCGGACAAAUAAUGAGAAGAAGGUUCAGAUGUAUAAUGAUCCAAGUCUUGCUAAAGUUUUCGAUACAGAGAGCUACGAUAAAAUGGCGCCAAAGUUUGAAAAAGGAAGAUACGACCAUGGACAGUUUAAAAACUCUUCGAGGGAUAUGUACUGUGAAUUGUGUGGGGUUACAGUGGCCUCUAGAGAUGUUAUGGAAAACCAUAAACAGGGAGAGAAGCAUCUGAGGUUAGCGGCUGAAAUAAAAAGAUAUGAAUGCAAGAUAUGUACUGUUACAGUACCAUGUCAGAACACUUUGGACAAUCAUAUGAGGGGUAAGGAUCACAUCAAGCGGGUUCGAGAGAUAGAGGAGAAGAGAAAGAAGGAGCGAUGGAAUGGUUCCCGAUCUGGCGGAAAUAAGUUGAGUAGAGAAGACAAAUACCUAGCCAAUGAUUUGGAGAAAGAAAAUGCAGACCUACAAGCCGAGAUGAAAUCUCUUAUGAUGAAAAAUAUGGAGUGUAAAAAUAAGCAUCAUCAGAUAGAGACUACCCUCAAGGAAAUUGACGCAGUUUUAAAGGAGAAGGAAAGGCUGUUAGAGGAUAAUAGGAACCUUGAGAGGAAAAUUUCAUCUCUGAACAGGAGUAAACAACCUGUUUCAUGCAGAUCAACCAAGAUGGAACCUAGAGCAAAAGGCGAACAUAAUGAAGACACAGAAGUGAAAGCUGAACCCAAAUAUGAAAUGAACUUCUCAGAUACCUCAGAGAUUAUACUAUUAGACUAGAUCUUAUAUAUCGGCUGUGUAGCACAAACAAACAGUGAACUAAAUAUUGUUUCUGUAAUUUAUAAAUUUGUAUAAAAUGGCUGGUCCUCCGUAUAGAUGCGAUACUUGUAUGAUAACAGUACCAUGCCAGUCAACGUUGGAGAAUCAUCUGCUCGGGAAGGAUCAUAUAAAGAGACAAAAUCAGCUGGAGGAGAAACAGAUAAGAGAAGGAUUGCUUUCAAAAGAUGCUGGAUACGGGUAUAAGACGGGUCCGGAGGAAAUGGCUAAACUUGACAGCGAUGACAAAGCGCGUUUGGCCGAGUUAAAGAUCGCAAACUCUACCCUCAAUCUGAGUACCAGGAGGAGAAUAAGUUCAAAGAGAACUAGAAAACUAGGAGAAGGAUAUGCAGCAGAGUUAAAAUUUAUUUAUGAUUUCGUCGAACAUUUUCCAGAAUUUAUCAAUCCUAUCAAAAUUGUGGCAGACAUCAAAUAAAAAAAAAUCAGGGGAAA